AGCUGAUAGAAAUUAUCAAUGUCGUUAAUAUUCAAAAUCCUUAAUUUCUUUUUAAUUUCAUGUAAUUAGGAUAAAUAACACAUUAAAAUAUAUAGUAAUAAUUGACCAGAAGAUAAUCUACAUUCUUCAAUGGAGCAUAUCUUCCAAAAAGUUUAUUAAAAAUAAUAUAUUUCAUCUUGUAAUUACUUUGGCGGGUUUUAUCCAAACAAUAGUUUAAUGGCCGCAGAAGUGAAGGUUUCGGAUGGAGUACCACUCAGAAUAUAGACGCUGUCAAAGUUGGUAUAGGAGUGUUCCUAGGUUCAAAUCCUGAAAAUGUCUACAGCUGGUCUUAUACAGCAUACAGACCUUAAGAAAGAACAAACACCAGUACCAGAUAGUACAACAUCUGUAGAAAUGUCAGAAUUUUCAGUAGGUAAUGAAGUGCUAGUGAAACAAAAAGAUGAUAGGUAUUAUUUUGGAACAGUAGUUCAGGUGAACAAUAUAAGAGAACAGUGUCUAGUGAAAUUUGGUGACAAUACUUUCAAUUGGUCCAGCUUUAAAGAUCUUACAAAAUUAAGUACUCCCGAACAGGAAGAUCUUUUGUGCGUAGUAUGUAAGAAAUCUGCCCCUAAGAAUAAGCUAGAAAUCACUGUUUGUGAUCAAUGUGGAAGAGGAUAUCAUCAAAAGUGUCAUGUACCGGAGAUACCUAUCAGCUGUCAGAAAGAUGGUGCAAUUUGGAUGUGCAAAAGAUGUAUUGAGAGUGAUCCACUUAGACUGAAAAAAAUUGAUUCUAAACACCAAAGGAGGGAUUCCUUAAGGAGUGUAUCUAGUUCCAGUAAUCAAGAAAAUCAGUCAAUUCCUACAUCUACUAUAAAAGUAUUACCAUAUGAUUUAAACUCUUUAAACUGGGAUACAUAUCAUAGAGUAAAUAGCGAACAAAUAUAUUGUUACUGUGGUGGAAAUGGGGAGUGGUACAAACAAAUGCUUCAAUGUGGAAGGUGUAGACAGUGGUUUCACGAAAAAUGUUUAGAUUUUCUGCAAUAUCCUUUAUAUUGUGGUGAUAGGUUUUACGUAUUUGUUUGUUCAAUAUGCAACCACGGCCAGGAUUUUAUAAGAAGAUUAGAAAUGAAGUGGGUCGACUUGGUGCAUUUAAUGCUGUUCAAUUUGACUGCUUAUAAUUCCAAAAAGUAUUAUGAUUUAGAUUCAGUUGUUGUUCCUUAUAUAAAUGAUAACUGGCAUGCUUUGCAGCUACCACCAAAGAUAGCAAUUGUGAGUAAGUCUGAAAGAAGAGAGAAUAUAAUGUCUGUAUUAACAAAUAAUCGAAACCGAUUCAAAUGUGGUCGCGAAAUUAAAAAACGCACUACAAUAUGGGGCCUCCGCGUUCGCUUACCGCCUCCUGCUCCUUGCGUGACACUCCCACCUACUGGACUAGUAACAGAGGACGAUCUUCGUGAAUUAUGGCAGGGUAACCGUAGACUACAAUUUUUACCUGCAGAGAAGAAUAUUGUUUCUAAAAGGAUAGUCGUUACUGAUUCUCAUAUGAAAAACGUCAUGAUGGGUGUAUCAUAUCAACAGAACUCCGGUAAUUCCGAAUCAGAAUCUCCCUGUCCGAGUCCGGAAACUGUUCAAGAAGAAUCAGCUGCAGAACCUACUGUAACUUUAGUACAAAAAAAUAAGUAUCUCGGCGCUGGGUGCGCUAAAAAGACCGUACCUUUUAAAAAGAUGAGCUUACAAAGACGAAAGAAACUUCUAGCCAUGUCUACUAGAGAACGAGAAAGAAUUCUUAAGAGACCUAAAAGGAAAGUAAAUACCAACAGUAAAUUAGACAAUAAAAACAACGAGACUUUACCUCCAACGCCUCCUACAUCAGUAAGUGCCCCGCCUACUCCCCCUGCUUCGAAUUCAACAUCCCUCACAUCGGAUUUGAGCAACGAUUUCUCCGAAUGUUCCAACAACCAGAAGGUUAUUAACAAUUCAAAGAAGGGCCACACCUUAGAAUUAAAUUCUGAAUUAAUUACACCUUGCGAUACUUCAGGAGAUGAAACUAGUUCAAAGAGUACUUUGGAUACAAUAAUACCUCCUCCGAAGGACUUUGAAGGAAAAAACAAUCCUUUUUUGGCAUUUCUGAGGGGUACUACAGACGAAGGAAAAAAGAAAAAAGAGAUAACCCUCCCACUUCCAUUGACAGCUGUGAUACCAGGCAAACCAAUAUUGCGUCCAAUGAAACGUCAGUUGAGCGAGAAAGAUAUCAUCAUUGGUCCCAACGGACAAAUUAAGAGGAAACGUUUCAGGCGAACUCGUAAUCCUAAUGCAGUAUAUACUAGUAAUGGCCAAACUGCUAGUAAAACUGCAGCAGUUGUGCCUGCUAGGCCGGAUACCAAAGAAUGGCCUCAUCGGAGUAGUACUUCAAGUAAUAAUGGGUCUAAUAUAGGUUGUAUGGAUUAUACAUUGAACGGCCGCCGUCUUCGUCAGAGGCCGGAAAAACCGCAGGAAAAGGACAAGGCAUCGAAUCCACCAACUCCAAAACCGAGUCCUGUGAAACAAGAACCCGAUAUCAAUUUGGAUGAUUUAAAAAGUUCAGUUAACAUCUAUUUCGGUGCAGCUAAUCGUAUAGCAGCCGGAGAGCGUUUUGCUAUUAAAGCUAAACGUGUAGGACCAAAUGGCAAAAUGGAUUAUCUAAUAGAAUGGGAAGGGCCCAGCAACGGAAUGACUUGAUUGCUUGUCAUUUGUAUUUUUCAAAGUGCGAUUGUUUUGGCUGUUAUUAAAAAAAUCCCUACGACAUUGUUAUCCACCACAUUUUACACCAAACACAAUAGUAUUAGAUUCAAUUGUAUGGUCAUACCGAUUAGUUUGGUUUGGCGGAUGAUAAUAAUUGUAGGAUGAGUGAGUCUACUGCUCAAAAACGUACAAAAUUUUUAUUCUUGAUGCUUUUCGGGGUUAGUACUUCUAAUUACCGUAGUAAGAAAUAAAAAUAAAUUUGCUGUUCCUCACGAAUUUUGUUAUUUGUGAGGUUCUGUAGAUCUGAGGAAUUUUUAAAUGUCAAAAUUAGGUAUAGUAAUAAAGCUUCGUUGAGAAUUUUUUUUUCAAUAAAUUAAUAAUUUUAGCAUUUUGUUUUAUCUAGUCAUUUGUAUACAAAAUAUCGAGUACGGUAUUCAAAACAUAUGUAGAUCUAUAGAGCCUCUAUAAUGAUAAAAACGCAUUCAAAAAGUGGCUUUAAACAAAAAUGGAUAAAACUAAUUUUUCUAUAACUACUGAACAGGUAAUGAUAUUAAUGAAUACUUUUAUACUUUUACAUUUCUAAUACUGCCAAAACUUGAAUCGAGAGUCACUGCCAUUUAUUGUUGAUAAUUUUUUAAAGGUACGACGACGUUUUUUUUCUCGAUAUUAUGAAUGUUACGAGGCAUAAUUGUUCACCUUCUUUGAUAUCUGGUGGAAUAUAUAUAUAUAUAUAUAUAUAUAUAUAUAUAUAUAUAUAUAUAUAUAUAUAUAUAUAUAUAUAUAUAUAUAUAUUUCAACUUUUAUCACGAUAUUCCUGGCAACUAAAUUCGAACUUCCGAUUUGUACUGAACACACUGUUUACUGUAACUACAUCAUCAUAUCCGGUUCAAAGAACCAGACAGUGUUUGUUUAGAGGUAGUGUGAAGUAAUGGUUCCAAAAAUUCAAAUUUAAUUUCUUAACAUUCUUGUAGUAAUUUUUUCCAUAUUAUUUUUUGAUUUUUCUUGCUUCUCCAUAUUCUAUCUUGGCAUUUAUCUAAUUUGUAUUGUUUCGUAUAUCGUAGGUUUUGUCUAAGUCCCUAAUUUGACUGAAUAUGAUAAAAUCAAUAUCAAUUGAAAAUGGUUGUCAUUGAACGCUCCUUUCUUUAUUAUAUAUUCCACCUAAUAUUAAAAAGUAAAAUAUCGACCGGACCUAUAUAUAGAAAUUUAUUGUAUAUCUUCAUCACUUAGUCAAUUAUUACUCAAUUUAUUCUUUUUCUUAAUUAAUUAUAUGCCAACAUUUAGUUAAAUCAGAUUUCAUGUUAUUCACCAUGUAUUAUUCCUUUUAUCUGUUUGCAUUUUGUAAAUUCCUGUUCUUUUUCUCCAUUUGUCACUUAUUUUCAGAGCGAAUACUUGAUCAUUCACACAUCGUGAAAAUUUUCCAUCCUUUAUCGUAUAACUUGAAAUUUACCUAUCGUGUUUCCCAUUUUCAGACUCAUAUGUUAGAACUGGAACCAUGCAUCCAUGAAAAAUUUGAUCCUUAGUCCUUUAAAAUUUAUAUAAAGUUGUUUUAUUAAAAAUGUGAUUAAUAAAUAAUUGACUAAGUAAUAAAACAAGUUUUUGAGUAAUUUAGAUAUCAGAUUACAAAAUACUAUUUUUAUUUAUACAUAUUUUUCAAAUUUCUAUUAUAUUUGGUGAAAUAUUACUUUAAAUGGUCCAAAACGACUCGGUUGACAGUGAAAAAAAAUUCAGCUCUAAAAUAUUUCGUUUACAAGUAUGAAUGCACUAUACUUUAUUUAAUUUAUUUAAAUAAAUCUUAAAUUAAAUUGUUGAUUCAUUGUUUGCUGUACAUAAAUGUAUCAAGAGCAUUUUAUAUUUGCUUGAUAUAUCGAGUGUUCUCAAAAAAAUUAAAACGCUCAUUUUAAUAAACAUUUUUCUGUUUGAAUCUUGUUCAAUGUCUAUAAUCAUUCCUAUUGAGUAUCUUCUAAGUAUUUUGUGAUGAAUUUUUACAUCAUAGACACAAAUCUAAUCAUCAACAUAUUCUAAACGAAAGUACAUCCAUCAGAGGUCGAGAUGGUUUGGCCACAUUCAAGUAAUGGAGGAUAAUGGGUGCCUAAAAGAAUCAUAAAUGUCAAAAUAUACAGCAGUAGUAGUAAAAGAGGCAGUUCACGAAGACUUAUAAAUAAUGAAUGUGAAAAGAUGAGGAACGUUGGUGAAGAAAAGACCAGUUUGGAGGCGAUUUGUCAAUGAGGCCAAGGAUCACAACAAACUGUAGUGCCAGUUGGUAAGGUAGAUCCAUCAAACAAGACCACUAUAUGAUUCAGAUAUGUCUCUAUAUCUUACAUUUGUUCAAGAUUAUUUUGAUAUAGGUAUGGUGAUACCAAAAGGAUAAGAAAUAUUUAAUUUCCUUAAAUUUUAGUAGAACACUCGGUAUAUUAAAUUUACUUGUAGCUUAUUUGCUAACCUUUGUAAAUAUUAACAUUCGUAUUUUGUAUUGGGGGGUAUAUUUUUUUGUUUCAUUUGUUAUGAUCUGUGAUGUUUAAAAAUGUAAAAGAAAAUAGCAAAUUAUUUAUUAUAGCAGAAAAUUGGGUAUGCUGAAACUUGUUACAUGAUCAAAUACAGGGUGUUUUUUUCAAAUUUCAGCAACAUGGGUCACAUGGGUAAAUAUAAAUAUUUAUUGUAAACUUACUAAUAACAAUUUAUUUAUAUAUAUUCGAAUUUUUUUUGAUAAAUAUAAAAUAUCUUAUUUCUCUGUUCGUCCCAUCCUAAGCAUUAAAAAAUAAAUCUAAUAGAAUUAUCAGUGAAUCAAACAAGAUGAAAAUGUUGAAAAGCGAUUUAAGUCAAUAAAUAAUUUAAAUCAACUACUCCCAAUUGGUUCUUUAUUAUUUAACACAUACUUUAAAUUGCUUUAUGUCACUUUUGUUAAAUCUAUUCUGAUAAAAUUAGCCAUAAAAGAAGUUUUAACACACCCUGUAUAUCACGCAGGGCACAAGUACUUGCUGUUUGUAUUAAAUUUAUUUCAGAAUUCCAAGUUAUCCCCUAUUUGUUGUGGGCGAUAUUAUUGGAUGUUCAGAGAAAUGUAUAGAAAACUGAAAAAGUUCUAAAAAAAUGUCCCAAAUGAUAAUUUAAAUUUAUUGAUUGUACAAAUUUAGCAAAUAUUUCUGUUUUUUCUUAAUUAAAUGAACUAGCUUAAAUGAGACUGAAGAUCUUUAAACAAUUUAUCAAUAUGUAAUAUUAGCUACACUGUUUAGUUUGACAUCCCCUAUGUAGAUUGUUUUUUUUUGUAUAUAUACUUAUUUUAUAGUUGUAGAGCAAAUUGUAACUAUUUGAAAAAAAACAAACACAUAUUUCUGAAAAGCAUACAUAUUUGGAUAUGGAUAUUGUAUUUUUAUUAAAAUUUGAUUUAAUUAAAGCAAACAAUAUAA